AUGGCUGGGAUAUACAGCUCCACUCUGAAGACCCUGGAAGACUUGACCCUGGACUCCGGGUAUGGGGCUGGGGACUCCUGCCGCUCGCUCAGCCUCUCCUCUUGCAAGUCCAACUCGCAAGCCUUCGCGUCGUCUCAGCCCAGGGGCAACUGGUGGUACUACUCGGGCUCCAUGAACAGUCGCAACAACAGCUGGGACACCGUCAACACCGUCCUGCCCGAGGACCCCGAAGUGGCGGACAUCUUCUCCAGAUGCGCCAAGCUGCCCGACCUGGAGGAAUUCCCUUGGACGGAGGAGGACAUUGGGAAGAUCCUCAGGAAAGGGAAAGCAGGAGGAGGGACCAAGAGGGACUUCACCCAAGAAGCGGUGCGGAGGUUGUCCGUGUUACUGCGGAGACCCUUGAUCCGGAUCUCCAGGGAGGCGCAGCGCCUGAGCGUGAUGCACUCCAAGUGCACGCGCUUCGAGAUCCAAAGCGCCAUCAAGCUGAUCCAGAGCUGGUCGUUGUCCGAGAGCUGCGUCCUGGCCACCGUCAAGGCGCUCUCGCUCUACAGCAUGAGCGCCGGCGACGGGCUGAGGAAGGGCAAGUCGGCCAGGUGCGGCCUCACCUUUUCCGUGGGCAGGUUCUUCAGGUGGAUGGUGGAUACCAGGAUCUCGGUGAGGAUCCACGAGUACGCGGCCAUCUCUUUGACGUCCUGCAUGGAGAACCUGGUGGAGGAGAUCAAGGCCAGAGUAGUGGCAAGCCAGAGCCCCGACGGAGGCGGAGGGGGAAGUGAGAUCUCCGCAGAAGUUCUGGAGAUGGUUAUCAACAACGAUGCGGAGCUUUGGGGAGUGCUGCAGCCCUAUGAGCACCUGAUCUGCGGGAAGAACGCGAAUGGUAAGGAGCAGAGCUGUCAAUUUAGCAAAUCCAAUGGGCCCGAUCGGUACUGUUUGCCUGUCUUCUUACUUUUAUGCUGCUUCCUUGCCUGGUUGGUUUUUGUGUUCUGA